AGUUUGCUUUUCGCUUCGCCAGGUUGGGUGGUGGAGGUAGGUUAGAGUGGGAGUCAGACAGGGAGGGGAAGGAGAAGGGGUGUGCGCGAUGGAGCUGGAUUCUGAGCAGAGCUCAACCUGACAAGUAUUUAAGACGAGGAGGGAGGUGUACCAGUGCACUGCGGACACAGGCAGACAGAGAGAUGGCGGAUCACAUCCAGUCCGCAGCCAGUAAAAGUAUCCGGCCCUUCAGGACCAGUGAGGAGUAUCUGUACGCCAUGAAGGAGGAUUUGGCCGAGUGGCUGAACGCCCUGUACCAUUUGGAUAUCCACGUCGACAUGUUCAUGGAAGCGCUGGAGACGGGCUGUGUCCUGUGCCAACACGCCAAUAACGUGAACCAGGCUGCCCAGGAGUUUGAGAGCAGCUGGCCCGGGGCUGCAGUCACUAUCCCCCGGGCUGAGGUCACCUUCAGCUCCAGGAACGUCAGCCCUGGCUCCUUCAUCGCCCGCGACAACCUCUCCAACUUUAUCGCCUGGUGCCGCCGGGAACUCCGUGUCCGGGACGCGCUCAUGUUCGAGACCGACGACCUGGUCCUCCGUAAAAACGAGAAGAACUUCGUGCUGUGCCUGCUCGAGGUGGCCCGCCGCGGCUCCAAGUUCGGUAUGUUGGCCCCGGUCCUGAUCCAGAUGGAGGAGGAGAUCGACCAGGAGAUCCGUGACGCCCUGCAGGAGCCCCCUGACCAGGAGGCUGGGCAACCCCGGGUCCAGAGGAGGCUGUGUGACUUCAGGAACCUGGACGCCAUGGUCCGAGAGAUCCUUGGCCACUGUACCUGUCCAUCACAGUUCCCUAUGACAAAAGUAUCUGAGGGUAAAUAUAAAGUCGGUGAGACCAGCACAUUGAUCUUCAUCAGAGUUUUGAGAAAUCAUGUGAUGGUGCGUGUUGGAGGAGGCUGGGAUACACUUGAACAUUAUCUGAAUAAACACGAUCCCUGUAGAUGUGCUUCACUAACACACCGUCCCUCACCAAGAUUUCCAAAGACAAACCUGAAUACCAGUCCUCGUACCUCUAGAACUCCAAGCCCUGCACCAUGCAACUUCCCUGAAAGUUCAAGCGGUCUGAAAGUGCUUGAGCUGCAGACGGAUAUAAAGGCACCAUCUGCAGCAGAGUUUGUAACUGUAAAACAAAAUGUAAUACAACCUGAUCGACCAUUCAGUCCAACUAACGCAGCUAGCAAAACGACAACAGAAAGGCACCAGGAUCUAUCUGUCAGUGGACCAGAAAAAAUCAACAAACGUCCCGUGCAAUCACAAAGCUCAUCUGUAGGAAGAACUCUUUUACCUCAACCACGCGAUCGCUCAGUACCAAGACUUCCAAGUUCUAGAAGGCAAAGAGAUGAUUCAAUCCCUCGUCAGCAGCCACGUGAUCGUGAAAAUCUGUCUACACAAACUGGACGACAGAAAACAUCGCUCUCUGCUUGUAAGGCCUUAAGUAGUGAUGAUAUUUUGAUAAACAGAACCGAAGGUACACCCGUGAUCCAAAGAAAUGGAGUGCAACUAGAUUCAAAGCAAAGGACUACGCAAACGAGAAGAAGAAGUGAGUCAUCAGACCAGAGCGCAAGGUCUGAAAGGUCAGGCCAGUCCCUGGAUACCCCACUGCCAAGCCACAGUAUUACACGUGUAUCUCGAGAGCCCAACAGGACACCAAACCAGAAGUCAACCGUGAUAAAGAAGGGAAAGUCUCAAAACAGCAAUACUAUCCUGAUCAGCCGAGGGAAAGAUGGACAGCAUUCCUGGGUUCAUGCAGAUGAAUCCAAGAGUGGUAGUAAAGAAGCAAGUAAAAGGAUUUCUGGAACCAAAUCACCUGUCCCAUCAGCCUUAAACUAUUUGCAUGCAACGCAGAAAGAGACCAAAUGUCUAACUCCUUUAGUUUCCAAGGCGAAGACAUCUAUGACCUUAAAGAGAUCAUCUAGUCCUGUGCCUAAAAUUUGUUCAUCCAGGCAGCCAAUGCUGUCAUCUCGAACUGGCAGAAGCACUCAGCAGUCUUUGUGCUAUGAUGACAAUCAGAAUGUGUUAAGUGUUUGUGUAAAUUCUCAUGGCCACCAGUCUUCUGGCUGCAAUGAUACAAAUGGGUGCCCUCCAAGCCCCCCCUCAGAGACUGAAGGCGAGGGGGAAAUAUUCAAUGCGACCCAGGAAUUCGAUCCCAGUAAAGAACAAGAACAAGAACAAGAACUGUACAGGACCUUUGAGGAGGAAUUUCUGGCAAAUACAAAGCAAGUCCCGUUGGGGGAUGAUGAUAGUGACACCUUUAAGAUGUUUCUUGGUGCUACCACUGUCGAGCCAGUUCAAAAAGCAGAGCAGAAGGUGAUCGAUUCUGCAUACUGCUCCACAACUUCUUCAUCCACUACGUCUAUAAGCACGAUGAACAAACUGCAGGGUCACCUCAGAGAAGAGACAGAAAAAAUCACACGCCCACUUUUCGGGUGCUUUUGUCAUGACAGUAACUCGGUGGUAAGUGAGUUCCAAGAAGGAUGUGGCCAGAUGGACUUUGCAGACUGUGGUGGAUGGCACAGAGGGUGUCCAAAUGCAUGUACAACAUCUAAUGUUCUAAAAACUAUAGAGAAUGUAAGGGAACCUAUACUAUCGAGCCCCUUGUCUGAAAAGACAUUCUUUGUGAUGCACCUCGGGGGACCAGCAGAACUGGAGAAGGAACCGAAUGGGGAUGACUCCACUGAAAGAAGCACUGAACAUAUGGACUGCAAGGCAGUGGACAGAAUUCCCACCUUAAAUGCAGAGGAUGAUCAAGGCCGUGAAAACAGCGAAGGGUCCUUCGUUGAGACAUCCAGUGAGUCGUCUAUUAAUGUCCAGUUGAAUUCCCAUCACAAACACGGUGUUCAAAUGAGGCCCAAGAAAGGGCUAAAGAAACCCGACCGAGUGCCUUCUGUCUACAAGCUGAAGCUGAGGCCCAAGAUUCGGCCACGAACAGACAAUCAACCAGAAAAGAGGCCCUCGAGAAUCCCCACACCAGUCAGCUGCAAACCAGGGCUGAAGUCUCCUAGAUCAGCUCCCAGUUCUCUACAGGACAGACGAAAACUAAAACACAAAAUAAUCCUACACCAUGAAGAUCUUCAGAGUUCUAGAGAGGAGCUUGUGCCUUCGCCCACAGAAACCAGAGAGGUGACUCCAUCUGUAAUUCUGGAUAAAGGGUCCUGGGUUUAACUUCUCAAAUGAAUCCCUUGUUUACAGUUUAAAAAUCCUAACUUUUCCUUUUGCACUUGUAUCGAUUUGAAAUGAAUGAAAUGACUAUAAGCAUCUCAGGUUGAAUGCAAUACAGGAAGUUUAGAAACCCUAAUCUCCCCAUAUAUUUAGUGCUGACUGAUGACCUGUGUGGGACUGAAAGAGAUGGGAGGAGAAGUGAAUUGAUUGCUGGAUGGGCUGCCUGGAGUCCCUUGAUUGCCUGGCUCUGUUCAUUGCAGGCAGGGAUUAUUGUUGCUAUUGGUUCACAGCAAUUGGACAGAUUCUUUAGCAUCUACUUUUUGAGUUUGUCCAUCACCAGGGCUGUUGAGCUUUGGCUAGGGACAUUGGGUCCUAUCAAUGGCCGAGGGUUGUGCCCCAUGAAUUCCUUUUUCGAAAUGUAACGCCAAGCCUAACUUAUAAAUCUGGAUGUAUUUUGCUUGACUUCGAGGGGAAUGGACUGAAACCAAACGGUCACUUGUUUACAUUUCAAAUGUGGUACAUAAGCAACCCUCCCAUCAUUCGGAGGUCCCCAGAGAGACCAGCUCCUAGCCCAAUGACGUUGCUUCUCUUGGUUUCUCUGAAAGAAGGUGUUUCAUUGGUGGGGGGAGUGGUGGUAGUGUUGGAGGUGGAGAAAAAAUAGGAGAUGAAACCUCUUGCCUGCCACAGGUUUUAUUGUCUAACUUUCUCCUUCAGUAUGUAAUGUAACUCAUGGCUGGUCACCUUUCCUGUUUGUGCAGCAGGUUUGAGAAUUCACUGUUUGCCCAAAAGAUUUGCUCUCGUGGUAUUUAUUUUCAAACCUGAGAUGUUCGCUUUUCCUUUGCUGCCAAUCUGCAAGAGUCUGAUUUGUGUGGCAGGACAGGAAUAUGGGAGCUUUUAUAGUGAGGAACACAAACUGGAACUACCAAGUGUUCAUACAUUACCUGAUCCUCGGAGUUAAUAACUGACUGAAGGUUAGAAACCUUAAGUUAUACCUAGGUGAGGAAUUAACCAUCUCAAAGAGACCAAGUGAUCCCUGCCUCGCUGUGAGUGACCAGUUUGUUGCAUCGUUUGCACAUUUACCAAACUCUCUAUCGAGCCAGUUUCACUUCAUUGUACACUGGCGCCUGGCUCAAUAUCUGCAGAAAGUGGUGCUCUGUGUGAAAAUGCUGCUGAAAUAGAAUUAUUAACCAAUUAAUUAUCAUAUCUAACUGGUGGUUAAUCUUUGGAAUGGGCUGAGUCAUUUUUAACAAGGCUAAUUUCUGUAAAGUAAUGCUUUUAAAAGCAAGCACUUAAUGAUCCAGAAUGCUUGAAUGGAGGUGGUUUUUGAGCUGAAUCUGCAAUGUAGAUAGGGAACUUGUGUGUUUGAUUGAGAAUGACUGACUGUGUACACUUUAACCCCUGGAUUCGAUGUGAAUACAGUUCCUGCUCCAAGAUUGGUGCCAAGCUGAGCGCUGCUGCUCUGGGGCAGAAACAGGAGACUCUGGGCAAGGAAGCGAUAUGGGACAGGGAGCCCUCCCAGCAUGAGUGGGGGCUCUGGCCUGGAGGCUGUGAGAAGUCAGCAUUCUCAAUGAGACACUCCAAUCAGACAGGUCAAAUAAACACUUCAGGUUAUUUCCCAAAGCAGGAGUCUGCCUACAUUCUGGAGUAUCUUUAUCUCCCUGAAACUGACUUGAAUAGUUGGUGUGUUAUAGAGUGAAAUCCCAAACUUUAAAAUCACUUGCGUGUGUAGAGCUUGCACCUUUCUUAAAAUUGAAGCACUUGUAUUCACAGUUCUGUUUGGGUUGUCCCUCCAUCUCGCCAUUAUUUCUAAACCCCACUUGUCCACAGAUGGUGAAUGAAACUUUUUAAAUAGCCAGAACAUUCAGGAAAUGUAGCUGUUAGCACUCUACCUCCUGUUGAUAACAUCCUGGCGUUUAAGUUGUGAUUUUUGAUCUGUUAAUUAUUAAUAAAUACUGGCUUUGUCCUGUGUCUGCUGAUACCUCUGUCCUCGUCAGGUUGAAGUAAGUGAGAAAUGUUUUGGACAACACAUUCACUCACUUCCAAAUGACACCCACAGUACAGCAGGCCUCUGUUUAGUGAGGUUUUUGUAUUCUUUUAGAACCUCUCACCCAUUUCUCUCCAUUUGGAAUGUGAUGCCACUUCUCAUUCUUAGUUUCUGAUUCUGUGUUUGAAUUUACAAUGUGAAUUAAUUAUUUAUGCAAAAACAUUUGUGUCCCAACUUUUUGACUUGACUUGUAGAAGGGAAUUCUGAGUAAACAGCCCGAUUGCAGCCAGCACAUUGACUGAUGCCCAUUCAAUUUAAAAUAUUAGAUUUUAUUUGUAAAAUUAAAUUGUCUUGGUGGUAUUAUGUUUAAUUUUGGAACCAGAUGUAAUGCUGCUUCUUGCAGGUACAUUUGUUUGCACGGUGUUAAAUAUAAACUGUAUUCACUCAAUACAAAGCUGAUUUUUUUUUGUGGAACAUAGAGGUGGUGUCACAUGUUUAAGGCGUUGGUUGUAGGGUAUUUAAUUUUCCUGGGUUUUUUUUGUUCCCUGCCAUUAAAAGUAUUUAUUCAAGUGUAAAAUAUGCAGUUAUUAACUAUGCAAUUACAGCUAGUGAAAAUGUUUUAAUGAACAUAUAUCUUAAAUGAUUGCUCACCGGUUAUUUAAAUUCUGAUUUGUAAUGUGCAGGUAGAACACUAUUCUGCUCAACAUUUUAAAAAGUUUGCUGACACUAAGUACGUGUGCAUUAAUUGUGGUGCAUUAAAUCACAGUUAAAACCUAAAACACAACUAAUUUCUUUCAUAGAAUUUGAACGCUGCAGGUGGAUGUUUUGAGCCUGACGCAUAUCAAAAAAUGUAUUAGCACAGUGUUCAUGGAAAAGUUAACUAUUUAAGAAAAUCUUACACAGAUAUUCAGAAUUUAGCCUUCCUUGAGAAUUCCCAUAUGAAUUGUGUAAAUGACAAUUACAUUCGUUUGAGUGGAAUUACUUUUGGACCAUUUCUAACACUAAGACACACAGGAUAUGUACAUGGUAUCCUGAAAGGCAGCUGGUGUCUGAACAUGUCAACAGAACAGGUGCUUUUAAGAAGAGUAGUACUAUAAGUAAAGCUUGGCAGAUCCAGUUGCCAAGAGGUACUAAUGAGCAGAAUUGUGUGUAAGUGAGGAAUUCACUGCUUUCCCCUGCUAAUAGAGAUGGUUAUUCAUGCAAGAAUUUGGCCUUUCUGACUGUCCCUUUUAUCCUAAUUCUACUUUCUCUCUGUCAACUGCAUUUUUUUUUUCAUUUCCCCCAGCCCCAACUUUGUCUUUCUCCCCUGAUUUUCAAGUGAUGAGACCAUUUUAUUGUUUUGAUUUCAAGACUUACAAGUGCAAAGUUAACCCUGAAACUGCUCUGAGCCUGUCACUUUAAGCAGGCUGUGACAGAAUGUGUGUGCUAUACUUUGCCUUGUUGGGUACCUCCACUUCAAAGGCUCAGGAACAGCCUGAGCCGGAUGGGAGUGUGUAGACAAGAAAAGGUUAUCUUUAAACAAAUCCUGUGUGUAUAAGUACAUGAUUUCCAUAAAAGUUGUCAAUGUCUUUAAGGUAAACAGGAUUUGCUUGUAGCAUGUUAAGCAAGAAACCUUCCUCGUUUGAAUAGAGCAUUUCUUUUGAAUUAUAUUUGGUGCAAAUGAGAUUCUCUGGCCUGUAAGAGAGGAAAUAAAAUUCACAGGAACGGUGUGACCUGUUCAGAGGCCAAGCAGCUUAACUGUGGUUAUUAAUGGCAUAAUACAAGAAUGACCUUGGAACUGUAAAAGCACUGAUCACUUCUGUCCACUUUUAGUAGAAAAUGGGAUUUUAUUUGGAUCAACAGUAGUGAUCAAAAUGCUGCAACAUUCUUGAUAAGAUCCUUAAACAUAUUGUGCAGUGCAUAUGUAAAUAUUGAGGCGUUACACAGUGCUGCAAAAUGAAUGCUUUGCCUCCCAGCCACCCUUGCCUUAAGAUCAUGCUUCUACUAUUUAAUUAUGUAAAGGAGCAUAGGAGAGAUGUAAUUUUUUGUUAGAGUUUGCAAUGAACCGGGUGUUGAUCUGUCCUGUUUGGAAUGGAGCAAAUAAGAAUUAAAUGUGAGACUGCAAUCAAGUGAUGUCAUGGAAGAAAAGGAAUAUGUACCAAAGAUCUGCAAUAUUUGUGAAUUUUUAGUUUGUUUCAAAGUAAGAUCACAUGCAUUGUAUUAUUUUAAAAUAAAAUGUAAUAAAGUUUUUUUUUUAAUAGAAA